AGCGAGGCGUCAGAAGCAGACAAAUUCAAGCUGAUGCCUAGGUAUGUAUGGUGGGAGCUUAGACCUGAGGUAAUGAAGGUAGCGGCCGACGCAAAUGGUGAGUGGGCAAAGUUUAAAGAGGAGAUGCAGAGACGUUUCAAGUUAGGUGACGGCGUGCUCACCAAAGAAGACCUGGAAAUGUUGAGACGUGAUGAGUUCUCCACAGUGGGGGCCUUCGCCACGGCAUUUGAGAAAAUGGCAAAGAAAGUCCCAGGGUUGGCAGAAGAGGAGCAGUGUGCCACUUUCCUAGGGCACUUCAAGAACUGGGAGGGCUCGUCGCUAACUAAGAAGGUUGCGUCAGGAAAGAAGCGCACAUGGGCUGCCAUAAAGGAAGGCGUAAUGGACGGAGAACUGGACCAGGUAGACAUCUUCCAGAUGAGGCAGGCUAGGAAGAAAAGGAAGGCCUUAGACGCUACGACGAGUGAUGGGCGCGACUUCAAGAAAAUUGUGGAGGAUGCGGUGGCCCAACUCGAUGCAGCGAAGGAGGCAAGAAGAAAAACCAUGGCAGCGCCACAGACCACGAUGGAGAAUAUGRAYGACUUAAUGGAUAAAAUUCGAAGGUACCAGGGAAAGCUGGUAGAUUUAUGCGAAGAGGUUAAGGAGUGGCAAGGGCAGAGGCCACAAGUCUUCAUGUAUGGGUCAGGCCCAAAAUCGCAGGGGGCGACUGCGAGCAUUCCGAACGUAUCGGUCACAGGGGGGACUCCCAGAUCAGGGAUGAGCUUUAGGCCGCCUUCACGAUCUGGGAGGGCCGCUCAGGCGAUCAGGACGAGAGCUCGAGGGCCAGCGAAUCCGGAACCGCCGGCUAAGGAUAUUCCCGGGUCGAGCGGGGAGAAGGAAGUUGUAGAACCUUCCGUGAAUGAGGAGGAGGAGGAUAACCGCCUAAGGAACGAGGAGGAUGAAAAGGUGGAGCAAAGAGCCAAGAAGAGGGGCGUUAAGGCCGAUACGGAAAAGGCCCCAGAGCAGAAAAAGAAGAAGUACACAGUUAGGGUGGAGGAAGGAUUCGACGUGGAAGAGAUUAUGGACCGAAUCCUUGAAGGACAUAACCACCUCAUGAACUUGAAAGAUGUCUUGGCAUCAGCGCCGAGACUGUUCGUGUUGAGGGUGGACCCAACCGCUCUAGCUGGUUCGCUGAAGAACUACGCUCCCUCAUAUCCAACCAUUGCCAGAUGGCUAACAUACAUCUGGAUGAUUGAUUUUGAGCUGGAGCGGAUUCCAGGGAACAAAAAUAGGGCGGAUGGGUUAAGUCGAGUCGACUGGGGCAAAAACAGCGAAGGAGUGAUCCAGGAUACUCCCCCAGUCGACGGGUUUUUGGACAAAGAGGAGGAUGUGAGACUUUACAUCAACUCUUGGUCUUUGGCGGCGGAAGUGGCCAGAAACGCUGGGCAGGAUCAGGAAAGGGGUGAGAAUGUGAUCUAUGAGGGGGAGGACGAUGAUUUCGAAGAAGGCGAGAUUAAGGAGGCUUUUCGAGCAGAAGAGUAUGAUGGGGUUUAUCUUGAACUCGGAACGCUUCUUUCGUGCGAAAUGAGAGAAAGAGAUGUCAGCGAGAAAGUCUUGAAGAUGAGACUGAGCUUUCUGGUAAGGGAUGGGCACCUGUUCAUGAAGAGCAAGGGGAGGAAUCCCAGGAGGCUAGUCUGUGGCAUCGAUCGUCAGAUCGAUGUCAUGGCCGCCCUGCACGACGGCACAGCUGGAGGGCACAGGAGUACUGACACAACGUAUCUCAAGAUACACGAAUUGUACUAUUGGGAUGGCAUGGGGAAAAUGAUUAAUGAUUAUUGCAAAUCUUGCGUCCCAUGUCAGGAGCGAUCUUCCCUUAGGCCAAGGGAGCCGCUUCACCCGAGAUACAUUCGUGAGGUUGGAGCCGUCGUACAUCUGGACCUGCUAGUAAUGUCGUUGGGGAUGGGGGGGUUUGAUGCAUGCGAUAACCUCUCCGGGUUUGUGGACGGAAGGGCUAUUCGCACCAAGACUGGCGAGACGCUAGCGCGAUGCAUCGAGGAAUAUUACCUCCGAUAUCCCUUUGUCUCCAGAUUUGUCAUGGGCAGGGGGUCUGAAUUCACCAGUGCAGAGGUAAAAGCACUCUUGAAGAGGUGGGACAAGAUGGCAAGACUGAGGAAGGAGCCACUCAGAGUGGGAGACACGAUGCUGUUGUACGACUCAUCUUUGGAGAAACAAUGGUCACGGAAGUUUGAUAAGUGGUGGUUGGGACCGUACAAGGUGGCAAGAGUUGGAGAGUAUGGCGCGUACCAGAUUGAGAAAAUAGAUGGAACAGCCUGGAGAGAUUGGGUGUCAGGCUCGAGGCUGAAGAAGUUUGUUGCUCGAGAUGAGGAGAUCAGAGCAGAAGUCAGGAGGAAGAACCUGGAGGAACUUCAUAGGAAAGUGGAACAGGGAGAGCGGCCAGUGGACUUGAAAGACAGAAAGGGAAAGAGUGUGAGCAGCCAGCAGGAAGAAGACCCUCGUCUACUCUCUGAAGCAUUGGAGAACUUUGAUAGGUUGAUGGGAGCUGCGAGAGGACCAGAGGGACCUCAACAAGAGAUGGGGGUGAAGUUGGUCUUCGCAGACUUGCUCAUAUUGAAGGGAGUAAUGAAGGAAGGAUUUGUAGUCGCACGAGCAUCAGAUCAAAAGAUUGUAGAGAGACUGACCAAGGUCGCACAGAAGGUCUAUUGUCAGGGGGUGGAAUGGGAGCAGGAGGUCAAAGAGUUGAAGAAGAACCAAGAGAGACAGGACCGCGAGCUGGACGCGAUGAAGGUGGAACUGAAAAAGGUCUGGGUUGGCAAUGAGGCGAUCAGGCAGUGGGAGAAGAGAAUUAAGGAGCUGGAAGCGAAGCUCGAGCAGAGGGCUCCCACAACUUUGGUGGAUUGGACUGAGGUCCAAGGAUUUGAAAUGAAGAGGUCACCUGCAGAGGAAGCCUUUAGAAGUCAGAAGGAGGAAGAAAAGGGCGAUCUACAGGGAGGAGAAGAUGUGCCCUUGCUGGAUAAACAGAUGUUGCAGCCUCAGAAGAUGCACAUGAAAGGGAAAGCCAAGAGUGAGGAGUUUGAGUGGCAGAUGCCGUCCACUGUAACACUCCAGCAGGUUCGAAGGGGGCUGGAUGUGACACAGCAGGCAGAGGUGGUGAGAGAUGAGGGGGCACUGCCUAUUGAUCGGAUGGUUGCUGAGGGGCAGAUGAUCCAGGGGAGCAAGGUUGAGGCUGAGCAGGGAAUGGGCCAAGAGACCUGUGAGGACUCUACCAUGCCUCAGGGUACGCCCUUGGUAGCAAAUUUGGAGGAGGCAUUGGGCUCGUGGGCCACAGGGUCUGGUUCAGCAGUGCGAGCGAGUGGGCCAGUGAGACAGACAGAGGAGAUAGCAGCCUUCCCCACACCAUCUGAGACUCCCCAGCAGGAGGUUACGAGCGAAGUUACGGCAGUUCCAUCCUCAGUACUCUCGCAGGAAGAAGAGAAGACGACACAGAAGAAGCCUGGGAAGUGUUUCUACUGUAAGAAGGGCAAACACUUCUCUGAUGAUUGCCCCAAGUUCUAUGAGGAUGAGGCGAGAGGGUUUGUUACCAGAGUAUCCACUGGGAUUUGGAGGGAUAGGAAUGGUAAUUUGGUUGAGAGGUCUUGUGAUGGUGGUAGAAUGCAGUUGUGCGGACAGAUAGGUGAGGGGAUGAUUGACUAGGAUUUGACAUUAGGGUCCGGAAAGGUCUAAACCUUGGCAUGAGUAAAUAUACCUCUGACUC